AUGCAGAUGAUGAACACGGUAGUGAUGCGGAGUUCCUCACAGAAGAACAGUACUGCUGAGAAAGACAAACAUGUGGAAGAAGCAGAUGAUGAUGAAGGAAGUGAUCUGGAGGUGCUCACAGAACAUGAGUACCGAAAAGCUACAAACGACAAAUACAAGUUGACCCGCAUUGAGGAAGAUGAAGAAGACAUCGACCCAAUGGUCCUCCGUGCUAUCAGAAGAAUGCAAGACAGUGCAUGCAAAUCCGCCCAACAAAGACGUCCCAAAGAAGAACAAGGUGUAUGCCUCGCAGAACCAGAAGCAACAAGCGAAGAGCUACUCAAUCUCACCAAUCAAGAGCUAGCACACUUAGAGCGUACAAACAGAAAAGCCAAGAAGCCAGUCGAGAUGGUCAAUCACAUAGUCUUGAUUCGCGGUGAAGAUGGGCUUCUGUUUGAUCCAGAAGGGAACCGGUACAAUGAGCAAGGGCAGAAACUCGAUGCUGCUGGGAAUGUGAUUGUCCCAGAACCCUGCUGCACCUAA